AUGGCCUCAGGAAACAACGCUUCGGUGACUGAGUUUAUCCUGCUGGGUUUAACACAACAGCCAGCACUCCAGCUGCCUCUCUUCUUCAUUUUCUUAGGAACCUAUGUGGUCACCACGGUGGGGAACACUGGCUUGAUUAUUCUGAUUGGUCUGAACUCUCACCUGCACACUCCCAUGUACUACUUUCUCUUUAACCUUUCCUUCAUUGAUCUCUGUUAUUCCUCUGUCAUAACCCCCAAAAUGCUGAUUUGUUUCGUAGAAGAAAACACCAUCUCUUAUGCAGAGUGCAUGGCUCAGCUCUAUUUCUUCUCUUUCUUUGUCAUUGAUGAGUGCUUUAUUUUGACAUCAAUGGCCUAUGACCGGUAUGUGGCCAUCUGUAAGCCCCUGCUCUACAAAGUGACCAUGUCCCAUCACGUCUGCCUCAUGCUGAUGGUGGGUGCAUAUGGCAUGGGGUUUGUGGGUGCCCUGGCCCACACUGGGUGUAUGCUGAGACUCACCUUCUGUGAUGGCAAUGUCAUCAAUCAUUACAUGUGUGACAUACCUCCUCUCCUCCAGCUCUCCUGCUCAAGCACCUACAUCAAUGAGCUGGUGGUUUUCACUGUGGUCGGCAUCAGUGUCAUAGUGCCCAGUCUCACCGUCUCCAUUUCUUACACGUUGAUCAUCUCCAACAUCCUCCGCAUCCAGUCUACAGAAGGCAGGUCCAAAGCCUUCAGUACCUGCAGCUCCCACAUAAUUACUGUUUCUCUUUUCUUUGGAGCAUCAGCAUUCAUGUAUCUUAAGCCUUUUCCUGCAGGGUCUCUGGAUCAAGAUAAAGUAUCCACAGUUUUUAUACCAUUGUGGGGCCAAUGCUGA